AUGGGGCUGUGGAGAGAAGCCGCGGUGCACAUCGGCCAACAAACCUUCACGCGGUUUGACCACGAGGUGACGUGGCGGGCGGCGCUGCUGUACUGUCGCAGGCACCACACGGACCUGGCCGACCUGCAGCUGGUGGCGGACCCGGCAGCCAAGGAGGCCCUGAAAUCCAUCACGAGUGAGACCGAGGCCUGGAUUGGCCUCUACUUCAACGCGGCCUCCGGGGCCCUGAGCUGGUCCAGCGACCUGGGGUCCAGCAUCCCCGCCUGGCUCCAGGUGCCCCAGUUGGGGACCGGACUGUGCGCGGGGCUCCGCACCUACGCGCGCUACUCCCCCCGGGUUUAUUCCCUGGACUGCUCUUCCCUGAAACCCUUCAUCUGCUUCUACGACCCCUCCAUCGGGCACCGGGAGUCCGCUGCUCUUUAUCCAUCCUUUAUCGGUCCCUCCUCAGAUGUGACUAUGGAGCCCACGCUCAGGCCAAGUAUAUCCCUGCUUCCUAUUCCAUGGACUCCUGCAGCUGUGACCACCGAAGGGACCGGUGGCGACACGGGAAGUUCAGCCACCGCCACUCGGGCCCAACAUUUGAGCUCGACCGAACACCCGGAGUCUACAGAAACCGGCCCAACUCCCACAUCAGGGCAACUCUUUGGAAUCCUGAAAGCAGAUUUUACCAUCCCAGCUCUGCUGGACCCACAGGAUAUGAAAGAGCAAUUUUUGAGUGAGAUCCAAGAAGUCUUAAAGCUUACAUUAGGUCGUGAGCAAUUCAGAUUGAAAUGGGUUGGCUUCGAAGUAAACAAAAAAUAGCCCACGUCGACUGAUCUGGAGUCUGCUUCUGUCUUCUCUGGAUUUGGAGUCAAUUUUAGUCUUUAAAUUCCUAGUAGAUCAGACUCUACAUUUGUUCCAGGCUUUUAGCAAUAACUCCAGAUAGAGGCUAACUGACAGAAGUUCAGAUCCACGCCCAGCACAAAAGAAAACUAUCUGGGAGGAGAAAAACCUGGCAUUCCUGGAUCUUAUGGAACGAGAUAGGUAAACAGAAGCACAUGGAGGCAUCUGUGAACAGUAACCUGGAGAAUGACAAGCAAACCAGAACAAAAAACCCCCAAUGAAAGCAACAAGAAUCCUGAAACAAACCCCAUUAAUCUACCUGGGGAAUUAAGAGAGGCCACACUUCCAAAGAAGUGAAGGGCACUUCCCCUAUGAGCCAUUAACUACUGAAGAGAUUUCAAGGUCUCCAGAAUGAGGAGCUCUCUGAGGGCAUUGUCACAGUACAACAUACUAAUGCGAGCUACCUGUCCUACUACAGCUAAAUAUUUUUCACCUGUCAAUUAGGAAAAAUUAUAUAUAAAACCUCAGAAGAAUGUUCCUGCAUACAUUUCCUUUCUGGUUUUUCUCCUGUGUUCUAAUCACCCAGAUACAUGCUAGAAGUAAGGUGGUAAAUAUGUCAAAUACAGUAGCAACUUUAGUCUGAAAUGUUUAAAGUUAAAGUUUAUUUGUAUUCUUUGUAG